AUGAGGUUUCGCAGUCUCAUGUGUCAAAGGAUGCAAUGUGGCGCGGUACUGGAGACAUCCUGCUGAUGGCGCUAUGCCGGCAAGCGUGCGCAAGGUCACACGGUGUACCAUUUCUGCUGUCUGCGCUCCUCAAACGCUGCAGCUGCCGUCGUGUUCCCCUCUUACUUACUCCACCACCUCCUCCACCACACACUGUCGCACAGCCAUGGCGGACAGCGCAAGCGAGAGCGACACCGACGGAGCUGGGAGCAGCUCGGCCACCCCGAUGUCGUCCUCCGCCUCGAAUUCGGGCAAACCGAGCAUAGUCAUCUCACAGUUUCGCCUGGAGGAGCUGACGAACCGCCUGGCCUCGUUACAGCAGGAGAAUAAAGUUCUCAAAAUUGAGCUGGAGACGUUCAAACUCAAGUGCAAAGCCCUGCAGGAGGAGAAUCGGGACCUCCGCAAAGCUAGCGUCACCAUUCAAGCCAGAGCGGAGCAGGAGGAAGAAUUUAUCAGCAACACCUUGUUCAAGAAGAUCCAGGCCCUGCAGAAGGAGAAGGAGACCUUGGCGGUCAACUAUGAAAAGGAGGAGGAAUUUCUCACCAACGAACUGUCGAGGAAGCUCAUGCAACUCCAGCAUGAGAAGGCAGAGUUGGAGCAGCACUUAGAGCAGGAGCAGGAGUUCCAGGUUAACAAGCUCAUGAAAAAGAUCAAGAAGAUGGAGAAUGAGACCAUCUCAAAGCAGCUAACCCUGGAGCAGUUGAGGCGGGAGAAGAUAGACCUUGAGAACACAUUAGAGCAGGAACAAGAAGCCCUGGUCAACAGACUGUGGAAACGAAUGGACAAACUGGAGGCUGAGAAAAGAAUCCUCCAGGAGAAGUUGGACCAGCCUGUAUCAGCUCCUCCCUCCCCGAGAGACGUUUCCAUGGAGAUAGACUCGCCAGAGAACAUGAUGCGGCAUAUCCGCUUCCUGAAGAACGAGGUGGAGAGGCUUAAGAAGAGCCUGCGCACCACUGAGCUGCAGCAUACAGAGAAGCGUGCCCAGUACAUAGAGGAGGAGCGACACAUGAGGGAGGAGAACAUCCGGCUGCAGAGAAAGCUUCAGAGAGAAAUGGAGCGCAGGGAGGCCCUGUGCAGACAACUGUCAGAGAGUGAAUCCAGUCUGGAGAUGGACGAUGAGAGGUACUUCAACGAGAUGUCUGCACAGGGCUUGCGAGCAAGGACCGUGUCCAGCCCCAUCCCCUACACCCCCUCCCCGAGCUCCAGCCGACCAAUAUCACCUGGUCUCUCAUAUGGCAGCCACACAGUUGGCUUCACCCCUCCAGCAACACUGUCCAGAGCUGCCAUCUCCCACUACAACACCCCUGCCCUUCACGUCCACGGAAGCUCCUCUCACGCAGUAGCGAGGCCCUCCCCAAGAAGAAGCACCAGCCCCGACAAAUUCAAACGUCCAACACCCCCACCCUCCCCCAACACGCACUCAGGGGCCCAGCAGGCUCAGCCCCCACUCCCCCCACCAGCUCAGCCCAUGGUCCAGUCCAUGUCGUCCCCGGCAUCUAUUUCGCAGCACGCAGCAGCACAGCAGCCUCCCUCCCAGCCUUAACGCAACACACAGUCUCUUGUCUUUUUGCGCGUGAGUGCGCCCACUGAAUGCCACGACGCUACCGCAACAGCAGCUUCCAUCAUUACCAGCUCUGGAAGUCAAGUUUCUUACUCUUUACCAACUCCACAAAAGAAGCAGCUUCAAAAAGUUUUAGAGGGGAAAGAAACAAGAUGGCGGCUCAUCCUCAGUGAAGCGGGGGCCGUCUGCCAAAUCCACACGUGGCGUUACUUAACUACUCUUAAAAGGAAUGGAUGGACUGAAAAAUAAUCGCUUCUGGGAUUUGUAGGCCAAUUAUCUGUUCCACCUUCUGUCUUGUACAUGUUAUAUUUUUUUUUCUUUGCUUGGGACUUUAGCUGGUUGGAAUUGUUGUUGUGGCGCUUCUAAGAUAGCACAAACAGCACAUACAGUAUGUUUCAUGGUGGUGUUUUCUGGUAGGUCGGAUGUUUGGAUUAACGGAUGGAUGUAUGGCUAGAGAAAUGGAUGGACUUGAUAGAUGGAUGUGGUCGAAUCUUUUCAUGCCUAUAAUACGACACUCAAUUGCAGCAAUGUCCUCCACUCCUGCUCACCCCCACACCCUUUGUCUCUGAAGCAAGUGUCAACACCAAACCCCGGCUUAACACCGCUUCGUUACGGUCGACAGGAGGUGUCAUAGAAAACUUCUAGGAGGUUCUCCAUUAUAGGGCAUUGAUCAAAUAGAGCUUGCACCACCGUUAUUUUAGUCCCUGAAAGCGUUCAAAGCUCUGCUGCUCUUCAGUUAAAAUGAAAAGGAAAAAAAAAAAAAAGCAAGGAGGAUGGACACUGGUACAUAAACCACAGAUCAAUGUCGCCUUUUGAGGUGUUUAAAAAUGUAGUCUGAGGUGUUACAACUUUAGUCAUGUACUCAGUCUCUUCUCUGCUCUUCUCUCUCUCUAUCUCUCUGGUGUAUUUCUGAAAGCUUCUAUCAUCCUUGUGGAUAUUCCUCAUCAGAAAAAGGAAAAAAAAAAAACAUAAUGCUCUUUACACUAAAUAUACAUACUGCUAAAAACAUUCUAAAUGAAUGGUACUGUUGAACUAAAUUUCUAUGUAUGAUUAAAGCUCUUGAGAUGACAACUUCUGUUUUUAAUUGUCGGUUUUAUGGAUAGCACAUGCUUUGCUCAUUUGUAAUGCGAAAAACUAUGAGUGUGUGUGUGAACAUUGAUCAGCUUUGUAGACUUCAGAACUGUUGCAAAUACCAAUCAGUCUGUUCUUUGUGGUCUUUUUAUUUUUUCCAAAGCAGGAGACUGUGAUUUCAUGCACAUGUUGAAUUUGACAGAUCCUAACAGGUACACAGGUUCAGUUGAUCUUUUUUUGUUUUUAUGUGUUUAGCAACAUUGGAAUGUGUCCUUGUGGAAGUCAUGAGCUCCCACCACACGCCCUUCAGUAGUUGAUGGAAAAUGUUUGUGCCUUAAAUAAAUACGCACCAUCACAGCUCA